AGGGGUGGAGCCAAGGAGACGCAGCCGGGAGGAAGGAAGAGAAGGGGAAGGAAGAGCGGAGGGAGGGGAGAGGAUCCAGGCUCUCCUUCCUCUCGGUGACUUGGUCCGGAGCCGCAGCCUGCUCUCGCAUUGUUUCCUGCGGAAACGUGGGGGGCCCAUGGAGACUCACGCUUCUCCCCAGCCCCUAGCAGCAGCCCCCAGUCCAAGGGCCAGGCAUCCAGCAGGUGCUCAAUACUUAGUUGGGCAAAAGAGACAUGUGGCCCAAGUUUGCUCUGGGAACUUUUCCCCUCCCUUCUCCCCACUUCUCUGGAGAAGGCAGAGCAGGUUUUUGGGAAUACGCCCAGGCGCCCCAUGAAUAAUUGACCCUCCGUGGGGUCUCUGCCGCGUUGGGUCCGAGGGCUCGGAGUGGAGAAGCGGCUGGACGUUAGAGGCCAGUCGGGAGCCGGGGGAAGGCAAGGCUGCGCCAAGCCCCACGGCCCUGCAGGGAGGAGCUCGGGGCCCGACCCCCGCACGGCCAACGGCCACGCCUCGGCGCCCCCCAGCAGCGCGCCCGGGGGCGGAGGCCCAGGCUCUGCGCUGGGCGAGCCUGCGGGGGCCCGAUCCCAGCGGCUCCUCCGAGCCCCUUCCCCACCCCGGCCCAGGCGCUCGCAGUACGCCCCGCUCCCUCGAGUCUGGACGUCCAGGGCUCUGCAAACAGCUGUUCAAAGGCUUUUUACAGUUCAGUGCUCUGCGGGGAUGUUUGUUCCAAGCCCAUCUGCCUACUUUAAAAAUAUAUAAGUGAAGAACACACCCAACCUUCCACCUCUGGCUGGGGAGGGGCGGGCUCGGCGGCCCCCGCCCGCACUUCGGAAGGAACCCGCACCCGGCACCCGCGGCUGCGUUCCCCCCACCCCCAUCGACUCUCCUCUCGGGAGGACGUCCCAUGCUUCCCACGGGGGAGGGGGGCGUCCCCUAGGCCCCCUUUGUACCAGGCAGGACCGGGCCCCCCAUUUCCAUGCGAGGUUCUUAUGCUCCCCCUCUCCCCCGCUUCAGUUAAUCUUUGUUCCCCUUUUCUGCUGAGAGGAGAAAAAAAAAGAGAGAAAGAAAAGGAGGAAAAAAAGGCGUGACUUGAUUCUCAAACGAAACUCCCACAGCAAACAAAACCCUUUUAGAGAAAUAAGAAAGGAGGAAGAAGGAAGAAAAGAGGGAAGGAAAAAAAAAGAAAGGAGAGAGAAACCCCUCCAGGCUUUCAAUUUGAGUGGGAGAGUUGAACCGAAAGAAAGAGAAAGAAAGGAAGAAAAACCCUCUCUGCGGUAGAAAGAGAAAAGAAAACUUGGGCUGACAAGAGGGGGGUGUUGGGGGGGGUGGAAGGAAGUGAGAAAACAAAAGAGAGAUAAAAGGGCUGCUUUUCUGUCUUUCUCUUCCUCCGCGAGCUGGGUUAGGAGGAGCUGUUUUGCAUCCCUUCACGUCAGCCCUGCCUCAUUCCCUUCUUCCAGGGAGGGAGAGAGAGCGAGCGAGCGAGAGAGGGAGAGAGAGAGAGAGAGAGAGAGGAGAGGGAGAGAGAGGGGGAGAGAGAGAGAGAAAGAGAGGAGCCGGAGGGAGGGCGGCAGGAGCAGGCGGCGGGCGCGCGUGGAGGCGGGCGGCGGGCGCGCAGCAGCAGCCCGGGCGGUGGGCAGCCAGGAGCCCCCCCGGCCCCGGCCCGCCACGGGCCCCAGCGCAGGAGCCGCGCCCGGACCCAGGCGAUGCCCUCCUAGCCAGCCGCCGCGGGAUGGAGGGCUUCAUGGACUCAGGGACACAGACUGAUGCCGUGGUGGUGCUGUCUUUGGCUCAGGCCGCUGUGCUGGGCCUGGUCUCGGAAAAUGAGCUCUUUGGAGCCACCAUAAGCGCUGAAGCCUUCUACCCGGACCUGGGGCCGGAGCUGUCCGGGGCGGCCAUAGGGGAGCCCCGGCCCCCCGGCCCCGACGUCUACCAGCUGGCCUGCAACGGGCGGGCCCUGGAGGAGCCGGCCGAGGAGGAGGUGCUGGAGGUGGAGGCAGCCUUCGAGAAGCACACCCGGCGGAAGACGCGGCCGCCCGUGCGCCUGGUGCCCAAGGUCAAGUUUGAGAAGGUGGAGGAGGAGGAGGAGGUCUACGAGGUGUCGGUGCCCGGCAGCGAUGACAAGGAUGCCGGCCCAGCAGAGGCCCCCGCCGAGGCGGCCAGCGGCGGCUGCGAGGCCCUGGUGCAGAGCAGCGCGGUCAAGAUGAUUGACCUCAGCAUCUUCAGCCGCAAGCCCCGGACGCUGCGGCACCUGCCCCGCGCCCCGCGGCCGGAGCUGGACGUAACCCCUUUUGACCCCCACUUUCCCGACCCGGCCCGGGACGCCUUCCCCGAGCCUAGCAUGGCGCUGCCCAGGCCGGAGGCCCUGCCCGUGGAGUGCAGCUUCGAGCCGCCGCACCUGCCCCCACUGAGCGACCCCGAGCCCCCCACCAUGGAGUCCCCGGAACCCGUGAAGCCGGAGCAGGGCUUCGUGUGGCAGGAGGCAGGCGAGUUCGAAGCGGAUGCGGCCGGCUCGACGGUGGAGCGCCACAAGAAGGCCCAGCUGGACCGGCUGGACAUCAACGUGCAGAUCGACGACUCGUACCUGGUGGAGGCCGGCGACCGGCAGAAGCGCUGGCAGUGUCGCAUGUGCGAGAAGUCCUACACGUCCAAGUACAACCUGGUGACGCACAUCCUGGGCCACAACGGCAUCAAGCCACACUCGUGCCCGCACUGCAGCAAGCUCUUCAAGCAGCCCAGCCACCUGCAGACGCACCUGCUGACGCACCAGGGCACCCGGCCACACAAGUGCCAGGUGUGCCAGAAGGCCUUCACGCAGACCAGCCACCUCAAGCGCCACAUGCUGCUGCACUCGGAGGUCAAGCCCUACAGCUGCCACUUCUGCGGCCGCGGCUUCGCCUACCCCAGCGAGCUCAAGGCCCACGAGGUGAAGCAUGAGAGCGGCCGCUGCCACGUGUGCGUCGAGUGCGGCCUGGACUUCUCAACACUGACGCAGCUCAAGCGCCACCUGGCCUCCCACCAGGGCCCCACCCUCUACCAGUGCCUGGAGUGCGACAAGUCCUUCCACUACCGCAGCCAGCUGCAGAAUCACAUGCUCAAGCACCAGAACGUGCGGCCCUUCGUGUGCACCGAGUGCGGCAUGGAGUUCAGCCAGAUCCACCACCUCAAGCAGCACUCGCUCACCCACAAGGGCGUGAAGGAGUUCAAGUGCGAGGUGUGCGGCCGGGAGUUCACCCUGCAGGCGAACAUGAAGCGGCACAUGCUGAUCCACACCAGCGUCCGGCCCUACCAGUGUCACAUCUGCUUCAAGACCUUUGUGCAGAAGCAGACCCUCAAGACCCACAUGAUUGUCCACUCGCCCGUGAAGCCGUUCAAAUGCAAGGUGUGCGGGAAGUCCUUCAACCGCAUGUACAACCUGCUGGGCCACAUGCACCUUCACGCGGGUAGCAAACCCUUCAAGUGCCCCUACUGCUCCAGCAAGUUCAACCUCAAGGGCAACCUGAGCCGGCACAUGAAGGUGAAGCACGGCGUCAUGGACAUCGGCCUGGACAGCCAAGACCCCAUGAUGGAGCUGACGGGCACGGACCCCUCUGAGCUCGACAGCCAGCAGGAAAUGGAGGACUUCGAGGAGAACGCCUACGCCUACGCGGGUGUGGAUGGCAGCGCUGAGGCCAGCGUCCUCACCGAACAGGCCAUGAAAGAGAUGGCCUACUACAACGUGCUAUAGCACAGGCCGGGCCACCCGGAACGGGGCAAGGAGGGCGUGGGGCGUGCGGGCUGCCUCCCUGCAGCUGAGAAGUGAGCUGCCUCCCCACUGUCCUGAGCCCUGCCCUCCCACUUGGUCGUUUGCACCACUAGCGACGUGGAGACCAAAUGGAGACUGUACUACUGGCCUCAGCUGGGAACCCGGAGCAGGCCCCAGACAUGGUGGGGAAGGAAGGAUGACCCGGGAGGCCCAGGUCCCUGUCUCCUUGGCCUGCUGCUGCGGGAGAAAGGUGGAUGGGGGCCGUUUGGGGACAGGCCACUAGGGCAGAGAUUCUGUCCCUCCGGGCCCAGCAGAGCUGGGGCGGCCAGUGUUGGGGAGGCCAUUCUGAUGGCUCCUCAGGGGCCCUGUCACUGGAGGAAGAGAUCUCUUGAGCCAUGUCAUGUUUCUCCUCUGGACCACCUCCUGCCUCUAGGGAUGGUUGAGCUGUUGUGCUGGUUGGUCAGCCCUGCUCCCCACCCUCACCCCCUCCCAUCAGCCUGUGGACUGGGAAAAGCCCAGGCCCAGAGCCCCCUUCCCCACCCAGUCCACAGACAGCCAAGCAGGGCCCUCUGCCUUCUACCUCCUGGUGCCCUCCAUGCUCUCUGCCAGCCAGGCAUGCAUGCAGCCCCUAGGAAAGCAGGGUGCAGCCCCAACCCUGGCUGACAUCCUCUCCAGAAAGCCCCCAUCUCACAGCCCUGUUUGGAAGUGGGUGUCCCGAAAGCGGAUUCCAACAAACUGUUACCCAGGGCAGCACACCAGGGUACCCCGACAAAGCCAGGACAUGCAGUUCGUGAGGCACUUGCUAACAAAGAAAGGUGGCAGCCCCCCCCAAGUGAGGGGAAUAGGGAGGGGGUCACUGGGGACCAAGAGCGGCUGUCCUCAAGGAGGCCAAGGAUGGCCUGUGGUGGGCGGGGGGGGGGGGGGGGGGACUGGAGUUUUUCUUAUUUAAGGUCUAAUAAGUAUGCAUUUUGAGGACGGGGACAGCCAAGAGUCACCAGAGUCCUAGGAAGAGCAACAUAUUUUAAAAAGGAAGACCAUAGAGAAGGAAAAAAAAAAAAACACUUUUUUUUUUUUUUGAGCAAAGGUGGGUAUUUUGAAGGUAAUUUAUUUUUUCUUUCCAAAUCUACAUCACCUAUUCUCUUUUCUGAUGGACAUAAUUUUCUUUUUCCCAGCGGACGCUUUCUUGUGUGCUGUGCGUGCUUUGUGGCCCAGGGACUCGGGGUGGGGAUGGAGGGGGUACUUGCUGGUCUGGCCCUGGAGGGUGCGUGCAGCUGUGGGCAGGAAGCCUCAGGAGGCGAGGGCAAGAGACAGGAGAAAGCAGAGCCUGGCAGGCCCUCCACCCCUGCCUGGCCCCUCCGGCCGGUGACUCGUUCAGUGCCGCUCAGAGCAGUGGCCAGAGCUCCCAUCGCCUGCCCGCUCUCAGCCCCUCUGUCCCCAGCUCCUGCCGCAGAGCUGAAGACUGCAGGGCCCCCGGGGCAGUAAAAGAGCACAUUAAGGAAUGCCAGGGCACCCAGACUCCCACCCACUCGCCCCCUGAGGCCCCUGUGAUGGGGUGGGAGUGGGGGCAGACAGGGCCAUCCGCAAAGGCACAGGAGGUGAGGCCACGGGCCCCGGGGAACAGCUGGGAGGAGGUGCCCCCAGAGCUGUGUCCUUCCUGAAGGACCAAUGGCAACCCACUCCAGUCUCCUUGCCUGGAGAAUCCCCAUGCACAGAGGAGCCCGGCGGGCUACAGUCCAUGGGGUGGCAAAGAGUUGGACACAACUGAGUCACACACACACACACGCACACACACACACACACACACACAAGCCAGGCCUCAGGGUGGCUGAGAUCAGGAUUGGGGGGAGGGGAGGACACAGAAGCCUCAGGAUCAGGCAGCCAGGUGCCCCUUCCUUCUCCACUAGAGUUCAUGCUGAGCAGCAAAUGAGAGGACUGGGGGUCCUCACCCCAAGUGUGGCUGUCUAGACCCCGAGGCCCCCAGCCUCCCAGGUGCCCGCCAUGACGACCCUCAGGUGGCAGUGACCCCGUCACUGUAGAUGACAUUUUCUCCUGCUGAGCAGAAGCGUUGUCCCCUGCAAACUACCUCUUCCCACCACGUCUUCUCCCCCCACCCCAGGUACCAAAAAACAAAAACCCUGUAUCCCCUCCUCCUCCUCUUUCCGGCCACCCAGUGGCCUUGGUCUUGGAAGCCCACAGAAGGUCCGGCCCCGAGGCUGGUGCUCACCUGUCUUCCCCGCCGUCAGCACCAACCCUCCAAGAGGUUCCAUACUUGAAGAACCCCCCCACCCCUGCCCUGUGCCUUGGACCUGGGCAAGGCUGAGAGAAGGAAGCAGCAGCACAACUCACAAUCUGAGCUGGGGUCGAGGGCGGUGGUCUCAGCAAGGCUCCUGUCCUCACCCCGCCCCGCCCCACCCCCACCUGUUCAGAAGAGGCUCUCGAGGCCUCUCACGUGACUUGGAAACUCCUGGACAAACUCCAUUCUAACUUAUUUUGACAUGUAUACGAACCAACUGUUUUAGAAAUUCCACUCGUGCAAAGCCCUACUGUGUUUUUAUGUUCCUGUUUCAAAGAGAAGUUUACUUAGCAAUAAUUAUAAAUAAAUGAAUAUUCUUUAGUGA